AUGGUUGAAAAGAAAGAGGUCGCCAUUCGAGUGCCUGCCGCAGAUAACUCCCCCAUGGAGGAGGACAAACCUCUCAAGAAGACGCCAAAAGAACUCAAGGAUGCUCCUAUCAAGGAGGAGUUAUCUGAGGAGGAUCAGGAGCUCAAGACCCAGCUCGAGAUGCUGAUUGAGAGACUGAAGGAGUCCGAUACCAAGCUUUACAACCCUACGCUGGAGACCCUCCGGACCCUGAUCUUGACCUCGACCAGCUCCAUGACCUCUGUCCCUAAGCCAUUGAAGUACUUGCGCCCCCUCUACCCCGACAUGGUCACCAUCCACGACUCGUGGCCCGACAACGCAGACAAGCAUUUCUUGGCUGAUAUUCUCUCGAUCUUGGCCAUGACCUAUGACGACGAUAAACUGGAUACUCUCAAGUACCGCAUGGUGGGCUCAAAGAACGCCAUCGGAUCAUGGGGUCACGAAUACGUCAGACAUUUGUCGACUGAGAUUGGACUGGAGUACAACAGACGUCAGGAGAAGGAUGCUGAGACAGAGGACCUUAUCGAGCUUGCAUUGGAGGUUGCACCAUUUUUCUUGGCUCACAACGCCGAGGCAGAUGCUGUUGACAUGUUGUUGCAGUUGGACAUUGUCCCCAAGUUGGUGGGCUUUGUGGACAAGAACUCGUACAAGCGCGUCUGCCUCUACAUCGCAGGCUGUGUGAACUACUUGGAGUCCCCAGAUGAUGCCAUCUGCUUACGCACAACAUACGACAUUUACUUGAAGCACGGCAAAUACGCUGAGGCACUGUUGAUUGCUAUCCGCAUGUCUGACAAGACCCUUAUCCAGAGUCUCUUCGACAGCUGCGAGGAUCCUCUCCUGAAGAAGCAGCUCGCCUUUAUGCUUGCUAGGCAGCAGAUCUUUGUCGAGACAGAGGAUGAGGACCUUCAGAACUGCAUCAACAACACCCACUUGACCACUCACUUCAUCAACCUCGCCCGUGAACUUGAUCUCAUGGAGCCCAAGACCCCUGAGGACAUUUACAAAUCUCACCUCGAGCACAAGCGCUCAGCUGGUGCCGCACAGGUUGAUUCUGCUCGCCAGAACUUGGCUUCUACAUUCGUCAACGCUUUCGUCAAUGCCGGAUUUGGAGUUGACAAGUUGAUGCUUCCCGAGGAGGACGAUGGUGGUUGGAUUUUCAAGAACAAGGAUCACGGUAUGAUGAGUGCCUCUGCCUCCUUGGGCAUGCUCUUGCUCUGGGAUGUCGACAUGGGUCUCAACCAGAUCGACAAGUACAUCUACUCGGAGGAUGAGAACAUCAGGGCAGGAGCUUUGCUUGCCGUCGGUAUUGUCAACUCGGGUGUCCGCAACUUGGCUGACCCCGCCUUGGCUGUCCUUUCGGAGCACUUGGAGGACUCCAAGUCGGUCGCCAACCGUGUUGCUGCCAUCCAGGGUCUCGGGCUCGCCUAUGCCGGCUCUGCAAGGGAGGAGCUUUCAGAGUUGCUGUUGCCCAUUGUCAGUAAUCCUGAUCUCGCCAUGGAGUUAGCCUCGUUUGCUGCCUUGGCUUUAGGACAGAUCUUUGUCGGCACCUGUGAUGGAGAGAUUACCAGCACCAUCCUUCAGACCAUGCUCGAGCGCGCUGACGGUCAGCUCGGCGAGACCUUUGGCCGCUUCAUGGGUCUCGGUCUCGGACUUCUCCACCUCGGCACGCGCGGACAGUGCGAUGUAACGUUGGAGACUUUGAAGGCUGUUGAGCACCCACUUGCCAAGAAGACGAGCGUGAUUGUCGAGAUUUGCGCAUAUGCCGGCUCUGGUGACGUUCUUCACAUUCAGCGUAUGCUCCACUACUGCAACGACCACAUUGACAGCGAGAGCGGCGCUGAUGACGAGUUCCAGGCUUUUGCUGUCAUUGGUAUUGCCUUGAUUGCUCUUGGAGAGGAUAUUGGAGCAGAGAUGGCAUUGAGGUCGUUCACGCACUUGAUGCACUAUGGAGAGCCAGUGAUCCGCAAGGCUGUUCCUCUUGCCAUUGGUCUCCUCUGCGCGUCCAACCCUGUACUCUCUGUCCUGGAUACCCUUGGCAAGUACUCGCACGAUACCGAUAUUGAGGUCGCUCUGAACUCAAUCUUUGCCAUGGGUAUGGUUGGUGCUGGAACCAACAACGCCCGUGUCGCCCAAAUGUUGCGUCACCUUGCCUCUUAUUACCACAAGGACGCCAGCUGUCUCUUCGUCGUCCGCAUCGCCCAGGGUCUGUUGCAUAUGGGUAAGGGAACGUUGACGAUUAACCCAUUGAACACCGACCGCCAGAUCAUGUCAAACGUCGCUGUGGCAGGUCUGUUGACAACACUGGUGGCCUUCACAGAUGUGAAGACACUCAUCCUGGGCCGCCACCACUACCUCCUCUACUCGCUCGUGACGGCCAUGUACCCACGGUUCCUGAUCACUUUGAACGAGGAGCUCGAGUCCGAGGCUGUUGCAGUCCGUGUGGGUCAGGCUGUCGAUGUUGUCGGCCAGGCUGGUCGACCCAAGACUAUUACAGGAUUCCAGACACAUUCUACACCUGUGCUGUUGGCCUACUCUGAGCGUGCCGAGCUGUCGACAGAAGAAUACCUGUCCCAGGCACCUAUCCUGGAGGGCAUUGUGAUCCUGAAGAAGAACCCUGAUUAUGUCGAGGAGGUCAAGGCAUAA